CUGUAGCAUACCAUUUAGGUUCCUCAUGUGGAUGGGAAAGGAGAACUGAGCCAAAAUAAAGCAGCCAGUAUCUCUGAGCCGCACAGUCAUCCCCCCGCGUUGCUUUUCCACAGCUCCGAGCCAGGGACCCAGCAAAGCCGCCGGGUUCCUUUUAUGAACAACAAAACCGUGAUGAAGGCAACAGGAGUCAGAAAUCUAUUCACUGCAGGAAGCCCCAGUAUCCGGUGAGAAAUAAGAAGUACAAGAGCACAGGAUGCGCCUUGGGUCAGGGGGAUGUGAAGAGCCUGCGGUCUUUGUGUCCUUCUCUGGGCUGGAGCUCGUGCUGCAGCUCAGCUCUCAGCUCCCCUCAGCGCACAGCUGGGCGCCGGGAGUCUAAGCUCCAGUGACUGCUGUCCCUGUGGGGCUUCUAGCCUCUCAUUGAGGGGGAACCCAGAGGACAGAAUGGCCACCUCCAGGGACCUGCUCCUGCUGCUGCUCCUAGGCCAGGCCUGGGCGGGGACUGGAGCUGACCCAGAGGCUGUGGUGUGCGCGGGGACUGCCUGCUACACGGCCCACUGGGACAAGUUGACUGCCACGGAGGCCCAGCACCACUGCAGUGUGAACGGAGGCAACCUGGCCACGGUGAAGAGCGAGGAGGAGGCCCAGCACGUCCAGCGAGCCCUGGCCCAGCUCCUGGAGUCACAGAAGAGCCGUGAAGCAAAGAUGGGCAAGUUCUGGAUUGGGCUCCAGAGGGAGAAGGGCAAGUGCUUGGAUCCUAACAAGCCGCUGAAGGGCUUCAGCUGGGUGGGUGGAGGGGAGGACUCCCUGUAUACAAAUUGGCACAAAGAAGUCAAGCACUCGUGCAUCUCCAACCGCUGUGUGUCCCUGGUGCUGGACCUGUCCCUAACACCCCUCCCCAGCCGCCUCCCCAAGUGGUCUGAUGGCCCCUGUGGGACCCCUGGCUUUCCAGGAAGCAAUAUCGAGGGCUUUGUAUGCAAGUUCAGCUUCAAAGGCAUGUGCCGGCCCCUGGCCUUGGGGGGUCCAGGCCAGGUGACCUAUAGCACCCCCUUCCAGGCCACCACCUCCUCCCUGGAGGUUGUGCCCUUUGCCUCUGUGGCCAAUGUCGCCUGUGAGGAUGGGGCCGAAAGUAAAAGUCAUUAUUUCCUGUGCAAGGAGAAGGCCCCCGAAGUGUUUAACUGGGGCAACACAGGUCCCCUCUGUGUGAGCCCCAAGUAUGGCUGCAACUUCAACAACGGGGGCUGCCAGCAAGACUGUUUCGAAGGUGGGGAUGGCUCCUUCCGCUGCGGCUGCCGGCCAGGGUUCCGGCUGCUGGACGACCUAGUGACCUGUGCCUCUCGGAAUCCUUGCAGCUCCAGCCCGUGCAAAGGGAAGGCCACCUGUGUCCCCGGACCCCAAGAGAAAGACUAUACGUGCCGCUGCCCUCAGGGCUUCCGUCUAGACUCCAGUCAGCUGGACUGUGUGGAUGUGGACGAAUGCCAGGAGGCCCCCUGCGCUCAGGAGUGUGUCAACACCCCUGGGGGGUUCCACUGUAAAUGCUGGGUGGGCUACACGCCUGGUGGCCCCGAAGAGGAGACCUGUUGGGAUGUGGACGAGUGUGCCCUUGGCCACUCGCCCUGCGCCCAGCGCUGUAUCAACACGGAUGGCUCCUUCCAUUGCUCCUGUGAGGAGGGCUAUGUCUUGUCCGGGGAGGACAGCACCCAAUGUGAGGAUGUGGACGAGUGUUCCGACCCCAGGGGCAACCCUUGUGACAGCUUGUGCUUCAACACGGAGGGGUCCUUCCACUGUGGCUGCCUGCGGGGCUGGGAGCUGGCCCCCGAUGGGGUCUCUUGCAUCAUGAGCCCUGUCCCCUCAGGAUCACCAUCUGGGCCUCCCCAAGAGGAAGACAUGGCAGACACAGAGGGGAGCACUUUGCCUUCUACCACGACAUCCAGCUUCCCCAAGGACUCUGAGAACACCUCCGAGGGCACACCCACCACAAGGAGACCGUCCCUCUCAUCUAAUGCCCCCACUACCUCGGCCCUUCUGGAGAUGUCAGCCCCCAGUGGGGCCCCUGGCAUCUGGACAGAGCCAAGCACCCACCUCCCUAUAGCUGUAGCUGGUCAUGGCAAGGCUACAGAUGAGAAUUCUGUGGCUACCCAGAGCGACUCUGGCACCGACGGUCAAAAGCUGCUUCUGUUCUAUAUCCUGGGCACAGUGGUGGCCAUCUCACUCUUGCUGGCUCUGGCUUUGGGGCUUCUGGUCUAUCGCAAGCGGAGAGCCAAGAAGGAAGAGAUAAAGGAGAAGAAGCCCCAGAGUGCAGCUGAUAGUUACUCGUGGGUACCAGAGCGAGCAGAGAGCCGGGCCCUGGAGAAUCAGUACAGUCCAACACCUGGGACAGACUGCUGAAGUUGAGAUGGCCUCAGAGAUACAAUCAGCUGCCACCAUCCUUGGAGCUUUAAACUUCUCCUCUGAAGGGGAGAUCUUUGGAAAGACAGGACUGGAAUCUUAGCCAACAGUCAUACAACUUAACAGCCUGGCCACCUGGAGUGUGCAAGUAUUUUCUACGUGCAUGUGAUAUUCCUGAUGUGCCAGCUGUGUGUUGGCCUGCCAUUGUGGCAAUAUUGUCAGUAUUUAUUAAUAUUUCUCACUUGUUCUCCCUUUUUAAAUUCAAUCACGGAUGAUUUCCUUUCUCUCCCCUGUUGUGGAUCCAGGUUGGAGAGAUCAGGUGCUAAUGGGGCUCCCUGAGAAUGACUUUUUCUGAUCUCUUCAUUCAUCUAAGAGAAAAAGUAAACUAUGGAUGCUAAUUAAGACUGAAAUGAUUUGUCCCUCUUCAUAUGAGAGAAACUAAGUCUGUUAAUUAUUUAAUUAUAGGAGAUGCUUACUUUUUUUCUUUUUUGCCAAAGGCAACAUAUUCAGUGUUGUAAACCCUUUUCUACCCCGUCACAAGUCCUGCUGAGGUUGGUAUUGUUGAAAUCCUUUAGAAUGACAGGAAGUACAACUCACUGCUUAGUUUGCAAGGAAGUAGGAAUUUUAGACAUUGCAUCCCCUAGUUGAUAAGUUUUGGAUAGUCUUGAAUUUAUCUGUAAGUGAGUGGAAAAAUAUGAGAGAAGUUGCUAAAAGCAUUGGUGAAAGUGUAACCUAACUGGUUAGAGUGAGGCCAGGGAUCUGAUUCACAAAUAGUUGAACCAGAUCAUCAGAAUGGACUGAUGUUAAUGAUGUUAACACAUACUGGACUACUGAUGGUAUGAAUACGAUUAAGGCAGGAAAAAAAAAAAGUCCAAGGACAACUCCAGGCCCAGAGUCACCCCAUAGGCAGUCCUGCCUCCACUCCCAGUACUCUGUGUUCUGAUGCUUUGGUUGUAGAUGGAAGAACCCUCAGAGUUCUGACUGUGUCUGAAGGAUGUAGGAGGGAGAUGUUAGGCUGUGUUUUGGGAAAGUUGUCGUCUGAAAGCAUUUUAGCUCAGUUUGUAGUUCAUAGUCAAUAGUGCAUUGGGAGAACUUGACUCCUGAUUUGUGGGUGUGGCACACAACCAAAUUAGGAAUCAGUCACACAGGAUUCUUAAGGGGCUUUUGGCCCUGCCCUUUUCUCUUUUCCUUAAAAAAAGGGUGGGGGAGGGAAAGAGAUAGUAACUAAGGUUUUGCAACAGCAAAAAGUGCUCAAAACCCAUUUUUAUUUCAGCUUCAUUUCAAAAUGUAUGCUAGCAAAGAUUUCCACUCUCCAUCUCAUGGUGACAGUACUCUUUGCAUAUAGCUCUGCUAGAGUCACUGGAAGUUGGGACGUUGCCUGAGGUUGCUGGGAAACCUCAGGUCUCCUGGAGGCUUUUUUCUACCUCUGGGUAGGAGAGCAGACAGGAGGGAACAUAUCUCCUUCCAAGGAUUCCAAAGACUUUUCCUCUCAGAACAGGAUGCCAGAUUGUUUCUGGUUUUACCUUAGACAUCAUCCAUCCUGGAGGUUGACACCCUGUGGAUUAGAUGUGAACAGCUGACAGGUGUGUGGCCUUCAGAGUUACAUAAAUAUGCUUUAGUCGAUUUUGAAAUGUAGGUGUUAUGGUUUAUACAUAUAUCCAUAUGUUAUAUAUAUAUACAUGUAUGCAUAUAUAUAUAUAUUUUUUUUUCUUAAGAAAAUAGAACACCCCAAAUGGGGAGGAGAAUACGUCAAAGAUGGAGGCAUUUAAGGGCUUGAUAGGGUCUCUGAAACUUCUGCUUUUUAAAGUUAUCUCAUGAUCUCCAGUUUUCAGUUGGAAAUCGGGUGUCUCAUCCUGAAAGGAGAUCAAGGUUGUGUCCAUUUGGCAAGGACUUUUGGCAAUGUAUGGAAACCGUAGUCCAUUGCAUGGGAACCAACAUCAGCCCAUUCUAUGAUUUUAAAGACAUGGCGCUUAAGUGAAGUAAACAAAAAUGCAACACCUUUUUUUUUUCUCUAGGACUUUAAAAUUCUUGCCUUUCUCAUUUGGGGUGAGGGAAACAUUCCUGUUCUAGCUUUCCACAGUCCCUGCACCGUUUGUGUACAGACCUUGCGAGCCUUGACUUCUCUGAGGUCACCCUGGGGAUCUUCUUGUUUCUGCGGCAUUCUGACUUUUCACACAGCACAGCCUCAUUUUCU